GAAGUACAUAUCGGGAUUAAAGUGCUGUCCAUUAAUGUCAUACGGAUUGCUAGAAUUUUCUGCCAUCUUGAGUAUUUUUCUUGUCACAGCUGGGCUUCUUUGACUGACUUUAACCAACUUUGACAGUCAGUGAGUCAGUCAGUCAGUUUACCCUUCAUGUAACGUUAGGUUAGUCAGUGGACUGCCAACUUGAGGGUGCGUUUCACGAAAGGUUAGGUGAGAAGACGCUGUGACGAGUAACAUAACCUCUUCGUAAUCACGAAGAAAGCGCAACAAGUGCAAUAAAGCGUGAAGAAAGUGACCUUACAGCGUUUCCUUUCAGAUUAAAAGUGUCUCAACCGAAUCUUGAUCUCUCGCCCUUGUUCAGAAACGUUACGUUUCAUGAAAACAUUGGAAUUUCGUCGCAUGCAAAGGAUCAAAAAGAAUGAAGGGGUCGUUGUGUUUUAUCAUUGAAUUUUAUUGCACGAGUACCCUGAAAUCCUAUCGCCUGCAGAAAGAUUAUGAAAAGAUCAUCUAAGGAUCGUUUGGCAUGAGAACUUUCCUAGUGACAAACGUCAGAAAAAUUCUUUGACUCGGAAAUAACCUCCAUCGUUGCGUGUGUAUGUCAGGAUGAUAUUUUUCAUUUGACGAAAACACGACAAUAAAAAAGCGAUAAAAAAAAAUGCCACACCCAUGUGUUGUGUGCGGCCGUUCACGCAUGAAUCCCAAUAAUAGGGAAGAGGAUUACAUGUUUUUCGGGUUUCCCGUGAAUGAUGAAGCUAGGUGCAGAAAGUGGCUGGAGUUUUGCUGCCGCGAGGAUCUAUACAAAUUUACCAAAAAGCAGUUGCUCCAACGAAUGGUCUGCUCCAAGCACUUCCAAAAAAAGGAUUUCCUAAACGAGUUCUUUGACAGACUAAAUAGUAAUGCUAUACCUUCUAUCUAUGAUCCUAAACAAAGCUUGUAUAACAUAACAUGUGUACUCUGUGGUCGUUCCCGUCUUGAUCCACCAAGUGUGGAUUAUGAUGGUGCAACCUUCCAUCAUUUUCCUGGAGAGGAGUUUCGUUGUUUGAAAUGGCUUGAUUUUGUUGGAGUUGAUUCAUAUUAUAGAUUGACCAGGAAGGAGAUUUUGUACUGUUAUAUUUGUUCAAAACACUUUGAUGAUUCUCAAUUCAUGUCUGGUUACAAAAACAGGUUGAUAGACAAUGCUGUUCCUAAUAUCCGUAAUACCGAUCAGUUGGAUGGAUCUGAACAAUAUAUUAUGGAGUUUGUAUCUGAAUCAAAGAAUUAUGAGAAACCAAAAAAAUUAGAUCCCCUGCCACCAGUUGUUUUAGAGAGCCAAGCAUGUGCUGCAUGUGGUAGAAUGAGGUCUGAUCCUAGAAACAAACUGGAGAGGUAUAAGUUUCAUCCUUUUCCUGCAUAUGAGAUUGGCAGAUGUUUGAGGUGGUGCCAGUUUCUGGGUAGAGAGGAUCUCUUGAAAAUGUCUCCUAAUCAGAUAAGGAAACUAGUACUUUGUUCUAAACAUUUCCAAACAGGGCAAAGCUUCCACAAAGUAGGACCAUGUGAUGCAGUUCCUACUAUAAAAGAUAUAUCAGAAGUAAAUUCUGUCAAUUCUACUGAAAAAAUUAUAGAGAAACAGGAGACUGUAGAUAACUCUAAUAGUACCAAUAAUGCUAAGGGAAUUAAAAGACAAGGGUUCACAAGACCAUUAGUAUCUAGUAAGAAACCAAAGGUAGAUAAUAAGCCUACUCCUCUCGCCAAGAAACGUGGUAAAUCUAAAAGGCCGACGCUUAUCAACAUUCCAAUACCAGAUCCUAAUAAUAUUGAGAAUCGUGUGAUAAGGAAGUUGCCACUUCCACCAAAUUCUAAUUGGAAGAUUCAAUUUACGGAUCAAAUUCAACCGAUUACGAUAGCCAACAAUGUAGCAUCAAAUAUUACAAACAAUAUACAGGGAAAUAUAAAGAAAGUAAUCUUGCCAUUUACUGGGGACAUAUCAAACUUAGGUGCUCCUAUCCCAGUGCACAGUUUAUCCAGCAUUCCUCCAGGCUUGUUAUUUAAAAUUAAUCUUCCUGAGCAAGAGCAACCGAAACCAGUUAAAUUGAUCAAGAAACAAUCCAAAACGAAGAACACUUAUAUUCCUGCUACCUCCAAUGAAAUUAAUACAAGGCAUCAGGUGUGGAUAAAUAAUGGAGGAACGUCAGUUGUGUUACCUACAAUGAAACAGGAAGCAGAAAAGAAUUUAGUUGAAUUUCUAUCAAUCUCACCUGAGGAAACAGAAGAUAAAAUAAGUGCAGAAGAGUUGGAAGUGCACGAAGAAGUCAUUUUACCACAUUCAUUGGAAGUAUUGGAUGAAGAAGCAGACAAUGUAAAAGAAGAUCACAUUUACCAAGACUUUGAGGAAGUGGAAUGUUUGACCCCAAAAGAAGAGAAACCAGUACCAUGCAAAAAGGAGUCAGGGACAUUGCGUAGAACAAUAAUUCCUAUUAGGAGUGAAGUCAAAUAUUUUUUGCGCAAACUUGCACCGUACACACACAGACUACCCAGAAAAGCUAGAGCACAGAUAAAACUCUCGAUCGUUAAUAUGGUCAUCGAUCAAUUGUAAAUUUCUUUAGGUAUAAACAAAUGAUAGUAUUUUGAAGGAAUUAUACUUGAAAGCAAAACAUUUUACAUAUAUGCACAUAUACAGAUUUCUUGUACAUUUAAAAAUAAUUGAAUACAUAGUCUUUAAAUACUAAUAGUUAAGAUAUAUUAUUUUUAUUAUAUAUUUAUAACAGGAUGGUGAUAGGUAUGAUAAUAAUGCUAGAUUAAAGAGAAGGUUUUGUAGAGUACAAAUGAUGUUUGUACAUAAGUUCUUCAACCAUUUUUAUGUCAUUUGUUUUAUCUAACUGUUGAGAUGUACAUUUUGAGAACUUAAGAUAUAUUGCACUGUUGCAAAAAUUGAGAGAACCAAAGAAACCCUUCCAGUUGCUCUCCACGUGUGUAUUUAAAACAUGUUGUUCAUCUCGUUAAUCCUCUGAAGUUAAUACUUGAAGUUUUUAUUGGGAAGAUAUCAUUUUACUAUGUAUAUUUUUAAGCGACUAUUUGUAUGUAUAUAUAUAAACUAACGCAAACAAUGGGACUAUAAAGAUUAUGUUGCAGGGAAAGCAUGUAAAAAAAGUUUAUUGUAUGAUAAAGCUUUAUGGAAGCUUGAAGUGCAAGAUAACAAUAAUUUGUUUAAACAUAAAUUCCUCGUCAAUUCAAAUGCUUUUUUUAAAUGUACAAUAUUCAGUAUUUAAUAUAUUUCAAAUUUUUAAAACAGGUAUCUGAAUUAUUUCCAUAAUUUCCAAGAUAUCUUUAUAGAUUUUAAAGAAAUUGCAUCUUGUGAUAUGGGUAACCAUACUUUGGCUACAUUGCUCGCAGUAAUAUUUAAUUUCUCUCGAGUAUACUUAAUUAUAGGCUUCGUUACAUCUUUGUCCACUUUCAUAUGAUUGUUUAUCCAUGAAACUUCUGCUGAAGCAAUUGGUUCUAUAAUAAAUCGAUCGCGUUAAAAUAUUUUUAUUUAUUGCAAACAUGAUAUACAUAUGUUUCAGUUUUUUUACCGAUGUUUAUCUUCGGUAAUAAUGGAUUCCAUGUACCAAUGUUACAAGAUCUAAAUUUUUUAAUCACGCUUUGGUACUCUGCACAUUUGCACAAUAUGCCAAGCGGAUGCUCUAUACAAUUUUCAGAUUUAGAGUGCAUGAUUCUUCACGCAUAUUAUAAAUCUCGCUUUUUUGACAUAGACCAAUAAAAAAUUAUUGAUGGAAGAAAACAUCUGAAUCGAGCAAAAUACGCAUACAAUAAUUUAUAACUCUAAGCGAUAAGUAGAAGGUGUAAAUAGACGCGACGCUAAUAACAAUCGAACUCAUAGUUUAUGUAUAAUACAUAGUAAUACAAGAACUUGCAAUUAUCAUUAAAUUAAGCUGUGUGUGUGUGUGUGUGUGUGGAUGUGUUCAAAUAUAAUACAACUAAGAAGCCAGCUUCUCUUAAUCUGUGUUAAGAUGCAGCAGUAUUUUUAAAGAGUUCAUAAUAGAUUACAAAAGCCUGAUAAAAAACUGUACAGAAAAAUGAAAAUAUUUAAUUUAUUUUUAUAAUACUUAAACGUUUCUCAGAAAUAUGAAAAUAUGAGGCAUUUAUUUACUGAAUUUGCAUGUUGCGUACGCAUAUUCUCGGUAAGUGCGAGCUGACUUAACACGGAAAGUCAAUGUGGAUUAAAUAUUUACAAUAUUACAGCUAACUACGUAAACUCUGUAGUCUCAUUUUCAUUUCUUCAAGCUCAUCGUCUGCAACUUCUCCUUCUUCUUCCGUGGAUGUGGACGCUACUACAGAUCCUGGAUUUUCUGUGACUACAGCAGGUGCUGUGCCUAGUUGGCCUGCUGUUACUUCCCAUAGAAUCUGAAACAAUUUAUUAAUGUUGCUCCAUUAUCAAAUUCUAAUCAAAACAGCUGCAAUAUAUUUAGAUACACAUAAAUAGAUAUUACUUUGUCUACUUCCUCAUCCGCUUCAUCUUCUACAUCGUCAGCAUCUUCAAUAGAGUCCAUAGUCUCAUCUAACAUUUCUUCAAUGAUACCAGCUUUCAUCAUUUCUUUAGAUAAUUCUCUCAUUGUGGCUGCCACUUCUGGCACUCUGACUAGUGACUGCAUCGCUUGCAUCACCUCCGUGGACUUUGAAACAGAGCCUGCAACUCUGAUCGUUGCUAAUUGAUUUUUCAUUUGCAGGGACACAGAGUUCAGGUGUGCUUUCGAGGUAUAAAUCUUAUUGCAAGCUUUACGUGCUCGUAUGAUCUCUUUAGCAAGGAUCUUGCACACAUCUUUGUCUCCCUUUUUUGCUGCAUCUUUCAGAGAACGUUUCACUUUCUCUUCUUCACGUUGAAUUGCUAUGUGCAAACACAGUUAUUUACAAUCAGUGCUAUAGAAACUUUUCUGUGAAACUUUAAAUAUAGUUAUCAAUGCCA